AGCCACGUUCGCCCGCCAUUUGUUAAGUUGUUGCUCAUAGUCGCAUGGUCGCGCGGUCUAUCAGUGCUUCCCCCGGCUCGGAAGAACAAAAACAAAACAAGAAAAUUCCGAAACCCCUCCUCUCCUUCUUCGCCUUCCCCUCGCAGAUCACCUCAAAAUACUCCUCUCACACGUAUUUAUAAUACCCCUAUUUCAAAUUCUUCCACACCACACUAAGACCCCUUUCAUCUCGAUUUCCAAUUACCUCCAGCUUCGCUAGACAGCCUCUUCUCACUCACUAUUCGCAAACAACCAUGCCUGCGCCUGCUCUUUUCUUGAUUUUCAUUCUCGUCAAUGCCCUCCAUUGUUAUGAAGCGACUUUGCUCCGUGAGGAAAAUGGUUCGGCCGUGGCAGUGAUGAAGCGCGAUCAGGUUUCUCCGAUGGUACCCGUGACGGAGGUCGGCAAGAUGGAGGUGUUUAUGCUGAUGAAUGAGAGCAGGAGGAAGUUGGGAAGCUUCCAGAUAUGUGCACUUUGUACCUGUUGCGGUGGAACUAAAGGGGUUUGCUUGCCCUCUCCGUGUUGCUAUGCCAUCAAUUGCAACAUACCCAACAGACCCUUCGGCUUCUGUUCGUUCACGCCCAAGACCUGUAAUUGCUUUGGAUGCCAUCUCUAAUUCUCUCUCCCUUGCUUCUUUAUUAUAAUUUACAGUUGAAAUUGUUUAGCUCGAGGAUUCUCCCAAUUCUGUCCCAAGUGUGAAUGAUAUGAAUACCUGUUCUUGAUUUGUUCUUUUUCAUUAUUACUUGGGGAUCAUUA